GAAGAACAAGGAAACGCAGCAGAGAAGAGACAUUUCGGAGUUAUUUCUAAUCUGAUUGAUUGAGUUCUGUCAGGUUGGUCGAGCUGAGUGCUGAUGAUGGUGGAGAACUCUCCGUCUCCUCUGCCAGAGAGAGCGAUCUACGGCUUCGUGCUGUUUCUGGGCUCGCAGCUCGGGUUCUUUCUGUAUGUGGUCUGGGCUGUGGUUCCUGACGCUUGGCUUCACUCCACCGGACUGACUUACUGGCCUCAGAAAUACUGGGCUCUGGCGGCACCCAUCCACCUACUGGUCACCUUAAGCACCUGUGUAGUGCUGCUGUUCGGGGUGAACCUGAUGAACACGGCUCCGCUCGCAUCCGUCCACAACAUCACAGAUCACUACGCCAAGAGUCAGCGUGCGGGCGAGGAUCAGGAAGGAGUGAUUCCCAGACUCCGAGACGUUCCCAUCAGCGAAAUAAACCGCGUCUUCUACCUGGAUGCUGGCGCGCAGUGAUGCGAGGCGUUUGCUCAGGGUUUAGACGAUCAGAUCCAUCAGCCGCGUGACAGGCCUGAGCUCUGACCGUCAGGUGACCCGUGACCCUCGGACAGACCUGGGCUGUUUUCCCAAAAGCAUCGUAAGCUUAAGUACAUCGUAGACCAUUGAAGCUAUGAUCAGCUUAGGCUUGCGAUGCUUUUGGGAAACACAGCCCUGGGGAACUCGUGCGACCGAAGCACUUUAGUAAAGCUCUAGACACUGAGCUUUUGCAUCUUUCUCAAACACCAAACUCCUGGUGUGUUGUGUGGUGUCUGGGGUCAGACCGUGACCUCUGUGACCUCAGACUGAAGUGAAACGGUCAGCUCACUAUCUGCGGUGGGUUGUGUUCCUGCUCGUCUCCUCCUGCAGACCCUCGUGAGCAAACAGGCGGGUGUCGGGUGACCUGUGACCCCGCGACCCGAGAAAAACACACUGCUGUUUUCUCAUGUUUAAUGUAUUAGAAUACAAUGACUUUCAUUAUACUGCAAAAACAAUUAUAUGAUAAGUCAUGACAACAUA